AUGGCCAGCAACAAGCAGUUAAAGCAGCGUCGAAGGGGGGACUACGGGUACAUCCUAGACUACCGGACACGAUGGGCCGAUAAUGAUAUGUAUCAGCACAUGAACAAUAGCGUCUACAACUUCCUAUACGACUCCGUGGUCAACGCCUACCUGAUCGAGCACUGCGGCCUAUCUCCCUUACGUUCUGAUCAGUACGGCCUUGUCGUACACUCACACAGCGACUACUUUGCUUCGAUUGCGUACCCCGCAGUCGCUCAAUUAGCGCUGCGAGUGAACAAGUUGGGGAAGUCAAGCGUCACCUACGAAAUUGCCUUGUUUGAAAAGGGAGUGGACGAGGUGAGAGCAGUCGGGGAGUUUACCCACGUCUUUGUCGAGAGAUCUACCGGUCGUCCAACCGCAUCCGGAAUGGAGGACGAAAUGCGGAGGGGUCUACAGCGACUUCUGAUGGUGGAUGGUAGGGGAAACAAGCUCUAA